AUGGACCAGCUUAAACCAAACCCUGCAAAUUCUUGUCCUCUUACCAUAUUAACAUUUCUUGAAAGAGCUGCAGUUGUAUAUUGUGACUGCACUUCUAUUCUCUAUGACACGACCACUUAUACAUGGCUCGAUACCUACAAGCGGUGCCGAAGAGUUGCGUCGGUAAUCAAAUCAUAUGGAAUUAAGAGAGGCCAUGUAGUCUCAGUGGUGGCGCAGAAUAUACCGGCCAUGUAUGAGCUCCAGUUCGCCGUGCCAAUGGCGGGUGCAGUAAUCAACGACAUUAAUACACGUCUUGAUGCGAGGAGUAUUUCGAUUAUCCUACGCCAUAGUGAAUCAAAGCUAGUGUUUGUGGACUACCAUCUUCAAUCUAUAGUUCUUGAAGCCAUUUCUUUGUUUCCACAAAAUCUGCGCCGUCCAAUUCUCAUUCUCAUCACUGAUGAUCAUCUUGAUCAAGAUUCAUCACCAGAUUUUGUUGAUACUUAUGAGAACAUGGUGAAGAAGGGAAACCCGGAGUUCAAAUGGGUUCGACCCGAGAGUGAAUGGGAGCCAAUGACACUAAAUUAUACUUCAGGCACAACCUCAUCCCCCAAAGGUGUGUUGCAUUCAUAUAGAUCUAUUUUUAUAAUGACAUUUGAUUCUUUGAUCAAUUGGGACGUUCCGAAGCAGCCUGUGUAUUUGUGGACACUGCCAAUGUUUCACUCUAAUGGAUGGACGUACACUUGGGGCAUGGCUGCCGUUGGUGGAACAAACAUUUGCCUUCGAAAAUUCGAUGCGAGUUUUAUUUACAACACAAUAAAUCGACAUAAUGUCACACAUAUGUGUGGUGCGCCAGUAAUACUCAACAUGCUAGCAAAUUAUCCACAUGCCAAGCCACUUAAAAGCCCAGUUCAUUUUCAAACUGGUGGCGCACCACCGCCAGCCGCGGUGGUCCUCCGGACGGAAUCUUUGGGUUUUUUUGUCUCUCAUGGGUAUGGAUUGACUGAGGCAGGUGGUGUGGUGGUGUCUUGUGCUUGGAAAUUGAAGUGGGAUUUAUUGCCAGCCACAGAGAGAGCCAAAUUGAAGGCUAGGCAAGGAGUGAGGACUUUAGGGUUGACUGAAGUAAAUGUUGUGGUCCCUGAAACAGGUGUGGGUGUUAAAAGAGAUGGAUUAACAAUGGGUGAAGUUGUACUAAAAGGUGGGUGUUUAAUGUUGGGGUACCUUAAAAACCCUGAGGCAACUUCAAAAUGCUUGAGGGAGAAUGGAUGGUUGUACACGGGCGAUGUUGGAGUGAUGCACCCGGAUGGAUAUAUGGAAAUCAAAGACCGAUCGAAGGAUAUUAUCAUCACGGGAGGAGAAAACGUGAGCAGCGUGGAGGUGGAAUCGGUGCUUUACUCGAGCCCUGUGGUUAAUGAAGCGGCGGUGGUGGCACGACCUGAUGAGUUCUGGGGAGAAACUCCAUGUGCAUUUGUAAGUUUGAAGGAGGGGUUGACUCUGAAGCCAACUGAAACUGAGAUAAUAGAAUUCUGUAGGGAAAGGUUGUCACAUUACAUGGUGCCCAAGACGGUAGUGUUCAUGGAAGAACUUCCAAAAAAUGCGACGGGAAAGAUUCAGAAGUUCACUUUAAGAGAGAUUGCUAAAGAUAUGGGUACCUUGCCUCGAGCAAUAAGUCGAAUCUAA